AUGCCCACCAUUCUCCCAACUUGGCCACAUAUCCUGUUUGGAAUUGUUGAGCCGAUUUCACUGGUCCUCGGAAGCCUGGGCCCGAUUUAUGACCUGGAUGGCUUCAUCUCGGGCCAGGCACCUCAUGUCGACGCGCCUGCACCCCAUCCGAGCAGUGUCGCGCUGGCCUACCAACUAGGUAAUCUGUAUUAUCUGCUGUUCCUCGUCGGGGCGGCUGUGUUACAUACGAGCACUGAGCCCAAGGUGCUGCGUAACUACCUGAUCGCGCUGGCCAUUGCCGAUGUUGGCCAUGUCUACGCCACCUACCUGGGUUUAGGCUGGGAUGCGUUCGUGGACGUGGGCGCAUGGAAUGCGCUGACGUGGGGGAACAUCGGCGCAACCGGGUUCCUGUUUAUUAAUCGGAUCGCUUACUUCCUGGGUGUCUUUGGGGUUGCGAAGGCACCCAAGGUAUCCGGGAAGCAAGAGUAG